CCAAACUAACAGUUGAUAAACGCGUUGAUAGUGCUCGUCACUGCUUGAUUCGCUUAUUUAAUUUUUACAUAUUUUUGAACAAUUUGAAUAUAUUCUUAAACUAAUAAUAAAAUGAAUGAAGAUAGUUCUUCCAUCGAUUUUGAACAUGUGUUGACCAUACUAAUAGAUCAAGACCCAAACAUGUUGGUCAAAGUGUCAAGUCCUACUGCAGGGAGUGAAGUGCAGCAAAUUUUUUCAACAUUAACAGAUGUUUAUGCCAAAAUUAAAGAACAUGAAAUGUUACAUACUGUGCAUUAUGUUGUAGCAUUUAAACGAACUAUGGAACAUAAUAUUGAUGAUAUAAUGAAGAAAAACCACAAGAUCUAUUUUGAGAGUAAAGAUCUUCCAUUUACUGGAGUCCCAUUCAUUUUUUCAUCAUGUAGUACUCUUGAUUGUCAACAAGGAAAAGACAAAGGUCUGACAACAAAAGCACAGUAUUUAAAAAAGAAAAAUGAGAAUGCAGGUACAGAUCAUUCUUUCAAAAAAAAGAAAGUUAUUUUGCAAAAUACAAAGAAGUUUGAUUGCCCUGCAAAAGUAUUUAUAAAAGAAGUAGUAGAGUUUCCUGAGUUUAAGGUAUUCUAUAAAAUAUGCAUCGGGACAUAAAAAAAUUAUUAGUUUUAAAAGAGUUUC